UUGUUUUAUUGUAGAGAUACCGAGCGAGAGAGCGGCCGCAUUUGUACUUCACGUCUGUUCGUUAUUUUGUGAAAGUGAAAAAAUUCAUUAAAUUUCUCAAAGAAAAAUCAUAAAUCACUCGAUCAAUCAAAUUAAAGUCAAACUCUUGGUUCGAAAAUUCUCUAAUCCACUGAUUUGUGUCAAAUCAAACCAAAUUCAAGCAAAACAAAAAAAAAAUAAAAAUAAAAAACCAAUCCGACAGAUCGUCGUUUCCUGUGAAUCGAUAAAAAGUUAUAUCAUUUUUCUACUGCUACUCCUGCUCCUGCUCCUGCCUACUGCAGUCUCAGCUCAGCUCAAUCUCUCCAUAAAGUGAAAAAAAUACAAAACGAAAAAUCCAAAAAAAUAAAAAAAAAAAAGAAAAUAGAAAUUGAAUUCGCCCAACCCCCCUUAAAAAAGAAACCAACUAUCACCCUCGUCGCCGCGUGACUCUGCUCUAACUCCCCCGGAUCGAGGUUUUUCAAAAUAGGUAUUCCUCUUCUUUUGCUUCUCCUUGCUUAAUCGAUACAUGAAUUUUCCAGUUAUCAUCAUCAUCGCCGACGACAAACCGACUACCUCGACGAACGACAACGACUUCGACGAGGUUUGGAAUUAAAUAAGCAAAAAGAAGUGAAAAGUGUGUGUUGGAUUUAGCUGUUGGCUGUUGGCUCUUGGCUGUCGAAAUCGAAACGAAAUCGUUGUGCCAGUGCCUGCUGUGUGGCCGUUUCCUUGCGCCUUUUACGUGAAUUUUCCAUUUUUGAUAUUUUCCGUUUUGGUAGAGUUGAACGUAACGAGACGGACGGACGGACAGACUCCCGCUGUCGCCUAAAAGGUGUCCCAGUGCGUGAACAUUGUGCAUCCUAAGUGGCACACAAAAUAAAUUGCAUCUUUCGAGCUAGUUUCGAGCUCCGUGCUACAACAACUGGCGGCUGGGAGCAAGUUUCCCAGUUUGGUUGUGCGAAUCGGUUUCGGUUCGGGUUUUUAUUUUUGAUUGAAAGGUACACUCCGCAUUCCGUUCUCUUUUUUUGUAUUUGGUGAGUGGUGACUGCUGCUGGUGGUGUUGAUUGAUUAGAAGAAACUCAGACCCGAGAAAAUCUUUGAGAAAGGAACACAGAAACAAUUGUUUACAAAAUGUCUGUGACACAAAAGCAAAGAAUUCAAGUUCCAGAUGCAUUGAGAGAAGUCCUUUUGGAAUUCUCUAUAGCAUAUCUUAUUGAACAGCCAGGUGAUGUUGUCAACUAUGCUGUUGAGUAUUUUACUAAAUUACAAGAAAGCCGAAAUUCGGGAGCAGCUUUAUUAUUAAAACAAUCUGAUCUUCCAUCACCCGAUGAAAGUGUUAUGUCCCAAGAUGAAGAACCCGUUGUACAAAGAUUUUCUGGAAGACGUAAAUCUGUAUUCGCCGAAGCGUAUGAUCCUGAAAAUGAUGCAGAUGAAGAUGAAGGUGCCACCGCUAUUUUCCCAAAAACAGAUGAACAGCGAUCACGAUUGAUCGAUGCCGUUAAAAAUAUUCUAUUAUUCCGUUCGUUAGAUAAGGAACAAAUGAACCAAGUGCUGGACGCAAUGUUUGAGAAGAGAGUUCAACCUGAAGAAUACAUUAUUCGACAAGGAAAUGAUGGCGAUAACUUUUAUGUUAUUGAAUCUGGAGUCUAUAAUGUUUUCGUCAACGAUAAAUUAAUCCAUAGCUAUAAUGGCAAUGGAAGCUUUGGUGAAUUGGCGCUCUUGUACAAUAUGCCCAGAGCUGCUUCCAUACAAGCAGAAACAGAAGGAAGACUAUGGGCAAUGGACCGUCAAACGUUCCGUCGUAUCCUGCUGAAAUCCGCAUUUAAAAAGCGAAAAAUGUAUGAAACACUGCUGGACAGUGUUCCUAUGUUAAAGGCACUACAGAGUUACGAACGAAUGAACUUAGCUGACGCUCUUAUCACAAAGCAUUACAAAAAGGACGAAAGAGUUAUUAAGCAGGGUGAUGUUGCUGAUGGCAUGUACUUCAUCGAAUUGGGCAAAGUUUCUGUUCGAAUAGAACAAGAUGGCGGUGAAGUUGAAGUAUCACAACUAAGCAAAGGUCAAUACUUUGGUGAAUUGGCUUUGGUAACACAUCGACCCAGGGCAGCAUCUGUUUAUGCUAUCGAUGACAUCAAAGUUGCAUUCUUGGAUGUGGAUGCAUUUGAGCGUCUAUUAGGACCAUGCAUGGAGAUCAUGAAACGUAGCAUUGAUGACUAUGAAACACAGCUGAUUAAAAUAUUCGGCAGUAAAAAUAAUAUCACUGACACACGAUAAAUAUCUUAAUAAAAAGAAAAAAUCAUAUUUCGAUGAUAAGUCUGAAGAAAAAAAAAAUAGAUAAAAAUAAACAAAACAAAAACACACAAAAAACAACACACCUAUAAAACAAAACAGUAUGAUUCUUAAAACAAAACAAAAAUUAAACAACAAAAACAAACAACAAUUCACAUCUAUAAUGUAUAUUUUUAUUUAGCGUAAGUUAAAAAAAAGUAUUUAUUGUAAUAUCGCGCAAAUAAAAACAAAAAAAACAACAAUUAGGAACCGUUCCGAAGUCUUAGGAAAAAUAAAAUAAAUAACUUAUUCACGCAUAAAAUAGAAACAAACAAACAAACAAAAUAUGGACACACACAAAAACAAGAGGAUCAAAAAAAGGAAAAACAAAACAUCAUCAUUCAAUAAAUUUUUAGAUAAACAAAAAAGUAAAAACAUAAAAGAAGAAAAUUUACAACGCUUUUAGUUAUAAAUUUCCAUUAUGUAAAAGGGUUUAAAUUCAAUUACCAUUAAAUCACUUUUUUAAAUUUAUUGGAAAUAUUAAAAAUAAACACAUUUAAAAAUGCUAAAAUAAAAAAACAAGUGAAAUUGUUCCAAUUAAAAAUAUAAAUGCUUAGACAUGGGAACAACUUAUUAUAUCGUUAAAAAAUGGGAUUGAAUGUAGCAAGAAACAAAAACAAAACAAAAAUGGUUACUUACAUAUAUCGUGAAUUUUUGUUUUUUUUUUUUUUUGAAUUAACUAAAAUCUAAAUCAUGUGAAUGUAAAAUAAAACACAACUAAUACAAAAUAUUUAUUCACACAAUGCAAAAAGAUAUCUAUAUUAUAUAGAAUGAUAUUUGUUUAUUAUAUUGUAGAACAAAUAAUAGAUAAAUAAAAUUAAAUAAAAAAUAAUGUUGAACAUUUUUUCUGAUAUUAAAAAACAAAAAUAAGAAAAUUGCAAAAAAAAAUACAAACAUAUUGACUAAUUUAUUAAAUAAAUGUGAAUUUCAAGUAGAGUAAACAAUAAGUGAAUAUACAUAUUAACUAAAAACUAAAACAAAAACAGAAGAAAAACAUUAACUAAAUUAUAUAUAUAAAAAUAUAGAUAUAAAUAAAAUAAAACAACAUUUUUUUAUAAAAAAAAAAUAAUUAAAAAGUAAACUAGUUUUAGCAUUCAUUUUACCUGAAUAUAAUAAAAUAUUUAUGAAAGAUUUUGAUUUUUUAUUUUAAUUUUUAAUUUUGCAUACAAUUAUAUAGCUAUGAAAAUAAUAAUAAAUGUUUUUUGUUUAUUAUUAAAAAUAAAAAUAAAAUUUAAAUCUAACUGCAGAAGAUAGUAGUCCUAUAUUGUUAUAAAUGUCUAACUGUUAUUUAACUAAAAUAAAAUUCAAAACAUAUUUGUAUAUGUAAAAAAUAAUAAUAAUUUCUGUUCUUGUAACUAUUACAAAAGCAAUGCAAAGUAAAAACAAAAAUAACAAACAAAAAAAAAGAACACAAAAUUAUUUGAAUUUAUGUUAAGUUUUGUUGUCCAUUCAAUUUUUAUAUUCUAAGCGUUCUACAUAUAAAACAUUUAAGAAGAAAAACGCAAUUUCAAAUUUAAAAAAAAAAAAAACAAGAAAGAGUUAGCAAAAAUAUAUGUUAAAUUUAUUAUGUUGGUCCUAUACUUAACUUGAGAGAAAAUGAAUGUAAUAUUUUAAUGAUCCGAGGGAUUCGUUUCAAAAACACUAAAGAUAAGACAUUUUUCUUCCUAGCUAGGAACAAAGAACUUUAAGAUCAAAACAAAUAUUUUGGUUCCUUGGCUUACAUGCCAUAUUCUUGUGUAUUUCUUUUUUUUACUACAACCAGCUGAUCAUGUCGGUAGUACCCUUGGCAUGAUUGUAAGUGAGUUGAACUGUCAUGCCAGAGAUCUUUGGUUCAAUCCCUGCCUGUGCUGUCUAAAGUUUUUUUUUCGCGGGUACUGCCUCUUGCGAGGAAUUGACAAAUUCUCCAAGAGUAAUUCUUGCCAGGAAAAGUUCUCAAAUUCGCCAUUCAGAUUCGGCUUAGAACUUUAGAUCCCCUCAAUCCAUGACACCAGUCCUCGCACACAGGAAUGGUUAAGACCCGUAAGUUACUAAGCCCCAGUUCUUAACGGACUGUUGUGCCACCUAAUUUAUUUAUUUGAACUGCUCCUGUGGACGUUCUUCUUCAUUUUAAGCGUAGGGUCGCACUCACAAAUUAGUAAGUAUACGCCUGAGUGCUGUAAUUUGUGGUAAAGCUUACAUAGGUCAACCAAUUAAUUGGCUUGAAAUUUAAUACACAGUACAGUACAUCAAAACAAGACAUAAGGACAGAUGAGAAAGAUGAAAGAAAGUUAUUCAGGGCCGAGAAAAUUCAACGAAUAAGAUAUCAUAAAAGUCGGGUUCUGGGUUUUUGGUAUUGCAUCUAAGACACAGCUUUAUAAGUAUUCUAGUUUAGAUAAAUUCAAGUUUUUCAACAACUGUUACCAUUGUUGUUGAGUAAUGCAAUGAUAAUUUGCAAAGACAAAACGUGAUCUUAAAAAGUAUUUCAGGAUUCGGUAUCUCAUUUUAACGACUCUGAAUUUGAGUAUGACUAUAAAUUUUAGUUUAAAAACUAAGACUUUACAUCGUUAACAUAAACCUCGCCAACAAAAAAAAUACUCGCAAGGUCUGUCUUAAAUAAUUCAAUUGAAUUUAAGUCCCUUAAACUCCUGUCAUAGAACGCAUUUACCUAUACUAGUCCUGGCUCUCUUUCGACCUGUUUCGUUGUAAAAUUCAAAAGUCAGAAAGUCAGAACAGCUUAUUCUUAAAAAUUGAGUGAAAACGGCUCUGUAAAACUUGAUUUUUUUCAUUGGUAGUAAGAUUCGGCUUCAAUGGUGCCAACCAAUCGAAAUCCACGAUCAACGUCUAAAAGCGUCUCGACUCCAUCAUAAGUACAUGCGUUGGCUUAAGAGCAUUUAAGGAUACCUGAACUGGGAUAAUCAUGGAUUAGAGAUGACCCACUGAAAACAAACUUGGCCUUAGUUUAACACAUUAGACACUUCUCCAAAUCUUUCAAGUUUCUUAUUUCAUCGGAUCACAGAACCUCGUUGAUAAUCGGAUUCCAACAUUUUGGUUAGACCGAUGAGUGUUUUAAAAAUCGUUUAAUGUUAGUAAGUCAUUUCCCAAAAUAUUUUUAAAUAAGUUUCAUAAAAAAAACAGUUAAAUAUAAAUCUAAUUUUUUAAUUUAAAGACCAAUGUGUUCAGAAUUAUCUACGCUUCGGUUUUUGAUAUCUCUUUCUUGAUAUAUAUUAUAUAUUUGUUUCAAUUUAAUACUUUGCAAAAUUUUCCUAAUUCAAAAAUAUAAAAAUCUAACUAAAAAAAAAACAACAGAUAACUUGAAACGAAAACAAUCAUGGCUCAAAAUUUUGCUGUACCAAUUUUUUGUAGUAUAGAUAUAGAGUUGCCAUAGAAAAAAAAUAUAAAUAAAUGUGUGUAUUUUCGUAUUGUUUAUUAUUUAUUUUGUUAAGUAUAGAAAAAUUAAAAAAAAAGAAAACCAUAAAUAUUACAAAACACCCCGUCUUAAUAUUGUUAACUUAUUUUAACCUCCAUAUUAUUUUAUAUUCUGUUUUCUUGUUGUUGCUGUUUAUUAUUAUUUAAAAUAAAGGGUGGAAUCUAUAACCUUUGUUCCUUACAUUAUUUAUUUUGUAUACAAAAAAAAAACAAAUUCUAAUAAAAAAAAAGUAAUUAAAAAGAAAAUAAAAUAAUAAUUGCAGUAAAUUAAAGCAAUAUUCAUAAUAAGUUGUUUACAACAUGAAAUUUUUAUUAUCAUAUUAUAUUCCCUAGUGAAUUACUUAUUAUUUACUAUUAACCUUGCAUGUACUGAUGAUUCCUGUACAUUUCUUAGCAAUCAAAUUAAAAAAUAAAAUUAUUAAAAAAGGCAAGCAAAAGAGAAAAAAAUUAAUAUAAGACACAUUUUUUUCUAGCCUUACGGUAUGUGUAUAGUUUAAGGAAUAGAAAUAUGUAUGUAUGUAAACUUCUCCACCCUUAAAAAAGAGCUUAACCAUCAAUGAAAAACAAAAUAAGUAAAUCUUCUUAAAUAUAAAUAUAAAAAUAAAAUAAAAUACUUAUCGGUGCAAGUGUUAUUUAAAAAAAAUAAUAUGUUGAAUAAUGAUGUAUUAUACAUAAAAGAAAAUAUUUACAUUAAAACAACAAUUAAGAACUAAAAAAUUAAAUACAUACUAUUCUUUGGUGUCUAGUCUUUGUGUGGGACUUUAAAUUAAAAUGAAAAACAAAAAGAAAAGAAAAAUCACAACAUACCAACUUAAGAAUUAUAGAAAGUGCUGGACAUUUUCUCCAAAAUUCACUAAACAAAAAUUAAAAAAAAAAACAAACAUGUAAUUAAAAUUACAACAUAAAAUUUGAGAAAAAAUUAUGUUAAAAUUAUUAUGUCGGUAUGAUUAUAUUUUAUUUUGUAAGAAUUAACAAAAAAAAUAAACUGUAUUGUUGUGUUGUGUUAAACAAUAAGUAAAUUUAAUCACAAACAGAAGAAAAAAAAAAAAAACAAAAAUCAGCAAAAUUGUAGAAGCUAAACAAAAAACAAAUAAAACACAAAUAUUAAAUGUUUCUUAAAACAAAAAUCAUUACAUACACAACAAAAAAAUCAGUAAACUAGUAUUAUGUAAUAAUUAUUACAAUAAUGCGUUUUUCAUACCCCAUCAUUCAUCAAAGAUUUUGUUAAUAUACCUUUCAUUAAAAUGAACAUGGUAUUUAAUAUGUUUUUAGAUGUAUUAUGAUGAUCAUGUCCAUCUUGCCAUUUAGAAUUAAUAUUAAAAAAAAAUAAAAAAACAAAACAAAAUUCAUUUUUAUGAAUUAAAUAAAAAAUAAAUAAAACAAAAAAAAUAUCAAUUGUUUACUAUUAGUGUAAUGAAGUAUGAAAUACAUUUUAACAAAAACAAAAUAAACAAAACUACAUGAGGUGCAGAAUUAUAAUAUGACAAACAAAAACAUACAUAGAAAAUAUAUAUUAUAUAACCUUACUGCCAACCAGCAAAAUCAAUGCACUUUCAACUUCGACACUUAAUGACCUAUUUUCCAAUCGCAAUAAAAUAUUAUUUAAAUGAAAUGUG